GCCCACAGUUCCCCCUGUCUCCAACUCCCUGCCACCCCCUGCAGCCAGUCGCUAGCUCCGCUUUCCACCCGGCCCGGCAUCCCUGCAUCCCGUGUGUGUCUGCCCGGCCCUUGCCCCGAUGGCUCCGCUGGCCGCGUUGCUUCUGAGCGCAGCCCUGGGCGCCCUACUCAGCUUCGCGCUGCUGGCAGCCGCGGUGGCCAGCGACUAUUGGUACAUCCUGGAGGUGGCGGACGCCGGCGGCCCGGGGCGCACGCAGCACUUCUACUCGCAUUCCGGGCUCUGGCGGACCUGCGAAGGCCAGAACAGCUGCGUGCCCCUGAUUGACCCGUUUGCCAGUGACAGCCUGGAAGCAUCUCCCUCGAUACAGCACCUCCUCUUGCUGCACCGCACAGUCAUGGUGGUCCUGCCUCUGAGCCUCAUCCUCAUCGUGUGUGGCUGGGUCUGCGGCCUGCUCAGCUCACUGUCCCAGAGCGUCCCCCUGCUGCUCCUCACUGGCUGCCACUUCUUGCUGGGGGGUGCCCUGACCCUGGCAGGGCUGAGCAUCUACAUCAGCUACUCACACCUGGCCUUCGUGGAGACAGCCCGCCUGUAUGGCGCGGGCCACAUGCAGGCUGUGCACAUCAGCUUUGGCUGGUCCCUGGCCCUGGCCUGGGGCUCCUGCGCCUCGGAGGUGCUCAGUGGUGCCCUUCUGCUCACAGCUGCCCGCUUCCUCAGCCUGAGUCAGCGCCCAGGGAUGCCCCACUCUGUGAUCCUCUGAGGCCCAGGGCGGCAGGCUGGUGGGGAGGAGGAAGGCUUAGGCACCCCUGGUAUUGGCUGGAAUCCUGGCUGGGAAGGCGCCUUGGGGA